AUGGCCGAUAUGACUCAGGUUCCCAUUAAUGGAAACUACCCUGCCCAGCACGGUUACCCCGAAUCCUAUAACCACGCAUCUGUCACUAUGAACACUGCUGCUAGCUUCCAGCCUGCGCAGUCUUCCACCCCGACUACCGUCACUCCCACCGACCAGCAGAAGAAUGAGAUCUCGAAGGAUGAGGUCGGCUGGUAUUUCGUUGAGCAGUACUAUACUACCAUGAGUCGCAACCCUGACAAACUUCACCUGUUCUACUCUCGUCGGUCUCAGCUGGUCUUCGGCACUGAGGCCGAGUCGGUUCCCGUCACCGUUGGUACUAAGGCCAUCAACGAGAAACUUAACUCCCUGAAGUUUCAGGAUUGCAAGGUGCGCGUCCUGAAUGUCGAUUCUCAGGCAUCUUUCGACAACAUCCUGGUCUCAGUCAUUGGUGAGAUCUCCAACAACUCCGAGCCGUCCCGCAAGUUCGUGCAGACUUUCGUCCUCGCCGAGCAGCCUAACGGCUACUACGUUCUCAACGAUAUCUUCCGUUAUAUGGCCGAAGAGCCAGAAGAAGAGGUUCCCGAGCAGUCUACCCCGGCUGCGCCUGUUGCCGAAGCCCCCGAGGCCGUUGCCGAGGCUCCCGCUGAGGAGGCCCAGGUGGCUGAGGAAGUCGCUGUCCCCAAUGUCGAUGAGAAGAUUGAGGAGGCUGAGACCAACGCCACUCCCGCCGAGGAGCCUAAGGAGGUUGCCCCCCAGACCAACGGUGCUCCCGUUGAGGAGGAGAUCCCUGCUCCGGUUCCUGUCGUCGAUGCUGAAAUUUUGACCGAGGAGGAGGUCCCCACUCCUGAGCCCUCUCCCGUUGCCGUUGCCGAGAAAGAGGAGGUACCUGAGAAGGAGACCUCCCCCGUUCCCGCUGUCCCCAAGACAUGGGCUAGCAUUGCGACUACCUCUUUCGCAGCUAAGGCUGCUGCUGCCGCCAAGGCCCAGGCUGCUGCUCCUGCCGCUCCUGCCGCUGCUCCUGCCACUACUGCUCCUAAGGCUGCUGCUCCUAAGGCUGCUGCUCCCGCUGCUCAGGCUGCCCCCGCCGCUCAGCCUGCUGCUACCCCCGCCCCCGCGGAGGCUGCCCGUACCCAAGACACCCCUUCUACUGAAGCCGGAUGGCAGACCGCUGGCCACGACAAGAAGUCCCAACCCCGUGGUGAGGAGACCGUCCUCGCCUAUAUCAAGAACGUCAACGAAAAGGUCGAUGCCAGUCUGCUCAAGCAGACCCUGGCUCGUUUCGGCAAGCUGAAGUACUUCGAUGUCAGCCGUCCCAAGAACUGCGCUUUUGUUGAAUUCAACGAGCCUGCCGGUUAUACCGCUGCCGUUGCCGCCAACCCCCACCAGAUUGGCAGCGAGCAGAUUCUCGUUGAGGAGCGCCGCCCCCGUGGAAAUGCCUACGGCAGCAACGCCUUCCCCGCCGGCCGUGGUGGCGGUGCCGGUCGUGGUCGUGGUGACCGCUCCGGCAGCCAGGGCCGUGGUGGCUUCCAGCGCGAUGGCCGUGGCAGCUUCGGUCCCCGUGGUCGCGGUGGCAACGUUGCCGCCAAGGGUCGCCCCAGCCAGCCCCAAGCUGCUUAA